AUGGUCGAUCGUGCAGCAUUGAACCAAUGGUUUGAAAAGGCCAAAAUGGGCUUUCUUAUGGGUGCAACAGUUGGCAUGACUACUGGAUUUAUUUAUGGCUCAUACUUUGUUUUAACUGUCGGACCACCUCCAGGAAAAUCCUAUGUGCAAUCAGUUGGAAAACAUAUGCUUCAGCAAGGUAGUAUGCUUGGAUUUUUUCUCAGUAUCGGAUCACUUCUUCGCAAUGAGGAGAUGUCUUUGGCAAAUACUGCACAUCCUGCUAGUCGACUUCCAAUCACCAUAUUACCUCCGAUCCAAUCCCAAAAACUUGAAAGUAUUCGUCAGCAGCACAAGGAUCUAUAG